AUGGCUGCGCCCGUGUGGCGGAGUGCCUCUUGGCGCCGGUGGUCUACUGCGCGCCGCACCCUGGGGUUCUCGCCGCGUGAGGCCCACUCGAGCGCUAGGGGGGUAUUGGUGACGCAGAAGGCGCGGGGACUGUUCAAGGACUUCUUCCCCGAGAAGGGCACGAAGGUGGAACUCCCCGAGCUCUUCGACCGCCGCUCGGCGGGCAGCGGCCCCCAGACCGUCUACUGCGGGUUCGACCCCACGGCCGACUCGCUGCACGUAGGGCAUUUGCUAGCCCUGCUUGGGUUGUUCCACUUCCAGCGGGCCGGCCACAAUGUGAUCGCAUUGGUCGGGGGUGCCACGGCGCGCCUGGGGGACCCGAGCGGCCGCACCAAGGAGCGCGAAGCGCUGGACGCUGAUCGCGUGGGCAGCAACGCGCGCGCCCUGCGGCGCAGCCUGGAGGCCCUGGCCGCGCACCACCGCCAGCUCUUUGCCGACGGCCGCGCCUGGGGCAGCUUCACGGUGCUGGACAACGCGGACUGGUACAGCGAGCAGCACCUGGUGGACUUCCUGGCGGCUGCCGGCGGCCACUUCCGCAUGGGAACGCUGCUCAGCCGGCAGAGCGUGCAGACGCGGCUCCGAAGCCCCGAGGGCAUGAGCUUGGCCGAAUUCUUCUACCAGGUGCUCCAGGCCUACGACUUUUACUACCUGUUCCAACGGUACGGUUGCCGAGUCCAACUAGGCGGGUCCGAUCAGCUGGGCAACAUCACAUCGGGAUAUGAGUUCAUCCACAAGUUGACUGGAGAAGAUGUUUUUGGAAUCACUGUUCCCCUGAUUACAAGCACAUCUGGAGCAAAGCUGGGGAAGUCAGCUGGUAAUGCCGUGUGGCUGAACAGGGAGAGGACGUCACCUUUUGAGUUGUAUCAGUUCUUUGUCCGGCAGCAAGAUGACUCUGUGGAAAGGUACCUGAAACUCCUUACUUUCCUCCCCUUGCCUGAGAUUGAGCACCUCAUGCAGCUGCACGUCAAGGAGCCAGAGAAGCGGGGGCCCCAGAAGCGACUUGCUGCCGAAGUAACCAAGCUCGUACAUGGCCAGGAGGGACUGGAUUCUGCAAAAAGGUGCACCCAGGCCCUCUACCACAGCAGCGUGGACGCACUGGAAGGCAUGUCUGAUCAGGAGCUGAAAGAGCUGUUCAGAGAAGCCUCCUUUUCGGAACUGGUUCUCGACCCCGGCACGAGCAUCCUCGACACAUGCCGCAAAGCCAAUGCCAUCCCCGAUGGUCCCCGCGGGUAUCGGAUGAUAACAGAAGGUGGAGUCAGUAUAAAUCACAGACAAGUCACAAAUCCAGACAGCGUUUUAGUUGUUGGACAGCAUAUUCUUAAGAAUGGACUUUCAUUACUCAAAAUAGGAAAAAGGAAUUUCUACAUUAUAAAAUGGCUUCAGCUUUGAUGCAGAAUCCUGAGUGUCGAUUGAUCAUUUAUCCUGGAAAUGUCUGGAAGGUUGGCUCUAGAAAUAACUUCACCAUGCACAUCAUCUGCCCAGUGUGAGUAACUUCCCGGCUUCUACAGGCUGAUUAAUAAGGUGUAUGAUGGGACAGUCCUGAUGUACAAACAUAACUGAUUAAGGUUAAUUGCUGUUUACACUUACACAUUUCACAAAAGUCGUCCCUCCUACCCAACACUUCUGGCUCUUCCUUUACAGAGAUGAGAAAGAGUGGGGGCAUUUCAUCUCCCACUGGGAUCUCUGGCUCCCUGAUCAUGCUGGUAAUGGCUUGUUCUGGUGCCCGCAAAGAAAUGUGAAACCAAUUUCAGAACCUUGUAAAUCUCCAAUUCUGUUGUUUGGGAGUAAAUAGUUUUUGAAAGCGGCAAAGUUUCACUAAGCCACCAUUGGUGUCACAAAUUACAGAAUAGUUCAUUUUUAAAGAACAAAAACAGUUCUGUUUAGAAGGUUCCUAACUCAGUUUUUCCUUGCCUGUUUCCAUAUAAUUAAAUUUACAUUCAGCAUUGUCCUGUCAGGAGUUACUAAGGUGGCAUUGUGUUAUAAAUGUGGAAACUCAAUUAGGUAUUAAAUUUUAAUUUUUGUUCCCAAGAUUUCAGGUUGUCUAGUCAUUAAAAAUGGAGCUGUACCAACAACUCAAGGAAUUAAAAGACUGACAGGAGAAAAGUCACAAAAUUCUACAGUAUGAG